AUGGCAGUGCAAGCUUGCCGGCUUCACUGUUCAGCAUGGCCAGUGGAUUUUCAGGUGCGUUUUAUUAAGUGCGUACACUGAAACUUGCCGAAGAAUGAGCAGCGAGCAAGAACUGAGAAUCAAGAAGGGUUUUUUUUUUCCUAACUGCCUCGUUCCUUUUGUAUAUUUCAGAGCCCGUGCUUGCAACCCGAGCCAGAGUUUGAUUUCCAGGAGUUUCGCGAUGCCGUGGAUAACUUCAUAUCCGGCAAGUAUACUUAUGAGUCCAGUUUAAAACUUCGCCUGUCAAAGAGGAAAGGGCAGUCUUAGGACGAACGCUUAGUGUGGGGACACCUGGAUUAAAAACCGGUUAAAACUUUUGGGUUUCUGCAUCCUGCACGUGUCUAUUCAGAAGUAAACAGUGUAUUUAUUGGUGUGUUUUUUUGUCUUUUUAAAACACUUUUACCCAAUUAAUCUGGGAAUCCUUGAUUGAUAAAUAUCUUUAAAUCAGCUAAGGACUAUAAUCCUAUUUAGUUCACAAAAUACUUUUGCUCAUUGAUUAGGCUAAUAGUUAAACUAGGCAUGAUGAGAGAUCUGUGAUUGGAUAUGUUUUGCCCUCUGAUGAAAUAGCAAAUUUAGGACACUGGAGAAAAAUUAAUUAGGAAAAUGGUGAGAGAGGGAAGAGACUAAACUUCACUUUCUCAGUACCAUGUUUCCAGUCAGAUCUCACAUAACUUAUCACCUAUUGGAAAUUGAAAACAAAUCAGCUGGAGAUCCAGUCAUAGAUCUCUCAAUGCCACAGCUAGUUUGACCCUCAAUGUGGGUUUGUGUUUAAAGCUUUGAAACCCCUAGGCUGUAAACCUAUACAUCUCCACCUUGAAGGAAACUCAGCUGAACACAAUGGAAUGUAUUUCUGAGUAAAUACGCGUCAAAUUUCUGCUAGACAGCAUUUUUAGAUAUUUAUUUAGAAAAGCAUUUCUAUACUAUCUUAUAAAAUAUAAGGGUGGUAUGUGGUGCUAAAACACAAAAGACAAUAAAAAUUAAAAUGCAGGUGAUAAUUAAGGUGACUGACUAAUGAGAUUUGCUUUAAAGCACAGGCAGGCAAUCUUCAGCCGCCAAUGAAAAAGGCUGCUCUUGUUUCAAAAGGUUCAACUAGAUGAGAUGUUGGAUAUCCAUAAUUAGAAUCUGCCACAAUUUGUAUCAAAGUUAAAAGCAGCUGCAGGGAGUAUGGAGACUGAUUUGGAACUGCAGCUUGUUCCCAGUCAAACCCCACCAAAGCUGCUAUUUGCUGUGGGAGGGAAGGACAGGUUAAGGGAAAUAAUUAAAGCCCUCAGCCCAGAUCAGCACUCUUCCAUGCAAGGGUCCUAAUUAGUCUUUCAAAAAGCAAAGCAGAUCUUAAACUACUUCAUGUUUUGUUUGUUGUUCGUCUAAACUUCAAAGUCACAAUUCAUUGUGCCAAAAGCACCUUGUGUUUGACCUGUGCAUGUCAAAUAAGGAGUCAAUCAGCUGUAUCACUUGUUUCUUAUUGGUCUCCCUAGAUCCAUCCUCUCUGAUGCCACCUCUGCUGGACUGCGCUGAUUUCUCUUUCCCUGUGGAUGAUGGAAGAUCCUUCAGCCCUUGCUUUCGUCAGCCUGCAGAGGACGAUUCUGCCUCUCAGAUGAAUGCAGAAAACAUCUCUUCCACUGAGCAGUACUGGAAAGACUUAGCAAAUCAGAACCAGAAAGCUCUAGGGGAUGCACUUGUGGAAAACAACCAGGUAUAAAAAUAAAAUGAAUAUGGGGGAAGAAAGUUACUCUGAAGCCAGCCUGACUGGUUUCUUAGCAGGAAGCCACUUAGGACAAUGACAUGGAUUUAAGUUGGAACAGCACACUGAGAUGAAACAUACUUAAAUGAAAGCAAGUUGCAUUGGUUUCAGUGACACUUGUGUCUAAAGAAAAACCUUAAUGGGUCCUACUUGAAUAUGAAUAGAUGACUUGCAGACUGAGAUGUCCAUUUGUAAUUCUUAAACUAUUUUGGAUUGGCCCUACUGCAGGGUUGCAAACUUACUUACGCUAGUAAAUUUCAUUCUACUCAGUGGACUGUCCUUUUGAGUAAAAACACAUGGAGUUGUGGAAUUUGUUCACAGAAGAAGGAUCCAGGGUUUCCUUUAGCUUUCAAUAAAAUGUAAACAAAUCCACCAUCCAUUAUACCAAAUGGAAGCAAUGGUUGCUUUAAUCACAGCUAUUCCCAGUGAAGUGGACUUCACAUCACAGAUUCAAAUUCUAUGGAAAAUGAUUUUUCUGUUCACUUUGGCUGGGUUUUCCCCUCUGUAAAAUUGCAUUUUGCAGGACUUGCUAAGAUUGUUGGAAAUUAUCACCUAAACACACUACAGUUGUGGCUUUUGAAAUGUACUUGCAAAGUUAAAUGAGUGGGGUGCUGUAUAAGAAUGAGAGGAGCAUAUUGACAAAAAAUAUACAUUUAAACUUUCCUCUAAGGCAGUUCAGAUCUGAAUACAGCCGACUAGCCAUUAACAGUGGCCCACCAGAGGCCUGAUCAAGAAACCUUUUGACAUCUGCUUGCCAGUACACAAAUGUUCCCCAGCAGCAUUCCCUAACCUGGUGCCCUCCAGAUGUUUUGGACUGCAAUCCCCAUUAGCCCCCGCCAGCAUGGCCAAUGAUCAGGGAUGGUGGGAGUUGUAAUCCAACUUCUGGAGGGCACCAGAUUGGGAGAAGGCAGAUCACUGUACUCCAUUGACUUUCAGAACUUCAUCUCCUAUUUAUCUCUCAACAGCUCCAAGUGACAUUGUCUCAAAAGCAGGAGGAAAUUGCCUCCCUGAAGGAAAGAAAUAUCCAACUGAAGGAACUGGCCAGCCAAGCGAAGCAGCUUGCCUCUGUGCUGGAUGUAAGUGCUGGAAUGUCUUUCUCAAUUUGGCAUCUUUUCUGGCAGUUGUCCCUGCUGAUCUGGAUGUCCUGCUGAUGUUGCAUGGGGAGAAUGGAACCUCUGUUUCUCCACUUGCCCAAGGACACAUUCAUCUCCCCACAGGGUACCAAAUAAGGUUCAGGAGCUGAACCCUGGUCAUUCUAUGGUGCUGUUAAUCCCAGUGGGUAACUAUGUCAGAUCCACAAUCCUAUAUCCUUCAGGAGUAUGAGGGUUUUUAGCAGUUUAUUCUGUAGGGGGUGCUGUUGGUUUAAAAAACAUUAGACUUGUUGAUUUCCAACCCCCCCUUCCAGGUUGGCAUACACUCAUGCAUUGAAUGACUUAGAGUGCUUGAUAUCUUUGUUUCUUGGCAGAAGCUGAUGAUCCCACAGUGCAAAGACAGCGCAGACCUCUCCCUUGCCAAUGGCCCCAACAAGAGGAGCCUCAAGCAGGUGACCAUCGCUGAGCAAGAGGAGGAGGAGAUGGAAGUGAACGAAAUUUUGCGGGAAAUAUCUGACAGGUGCAAUGCAGCCUUGCAGUCUGCUGAUGACAAGAGAAGCCCAAAGCGCCCUCGGGGAGAGAACGAAACAAUCCACAUGUACGGUGCUUUCCAGGGCUUGCAGACAUGCAGCAGCCACAGUUCCCUGGACCUCCGUGGCAGUGAACUGGAGGAAGGGGUGUCCUUCACGACAGCCAUCAAUGAGCAUUGUAACAUUCGGACGCUGGCCUUCCCCCAAGGCAAUGCGUUUCUGGUGAGGACAGCCACUGGGGGUCACAAGUUUAGAUGGGUUCCCAGGUGA